AUGCCUCAUAGCAACAAUCCCUUCACGAGCCGUAGCUGCACUCUCAUUGCGAGAGGGAAUGGAAAGUUGACCCCACGAUCAAAAAGAUGUAUUCAGUCACGGCCUGAACUAUUGUGCGUGAUUGCAAGAUACCUGCCUCAAAAGAAGGUCAAAGUUCUUAUCUGCGUCUGUAGCUAUGUAGUUUCUGGGUUCCCUGCCUCUACUCACUCGUCUUUCUCAGCUACAAGCCCAUUGCUCAAAAGCACUGCCUGUUCGAUGUUUGGACUCUAUGCAAUAUCUCUCAAUGUCUCUUCACUCAUCCAAGAAGAACGAGGAAGUUAUUUCUAUGGUGCCCUAACCCAGGACCCUACACCUGGACACCCCUGCUCUCCGUUUGCGCCACCACUGCUGCAGCUGCGCUACCUAGCCUUGAGGAGCUCUCUUAGACAAAUGGUGGAGAAAUGGCGUGCAUCAAUGAUCUAA